AUGGGGGCAUCUCGGUCAAAGUCUAAGCGCACCACAACGUACAACCGACUGGUCACGGUUGCAGUUGCAUUUGGAUCCCUUACCUACGGUUAUUGUUCUUCGGUAAUAGGAAGCACUAUUGGACAACCUGGCUGGUACGAGUUCUUCAAUCUUCCGCUGCAGGGCGAGCCUGGAUAUGCAACCAAAACCACCGACGCCAUCGCGACAGCGAAUGGCAUCUACAGCGCUGGCGGAGCCAUAGGCACGCUCUUUAUCAUGUGGGCCGCUACAACUCUCGGUCGAAAGAGAUGUAUCCAGAUUGGUGGGGCUUUCUCACUUCUCGGCGGCGCUUUACAAGGUGGUGCAGCGAAUCUCGGCAUGUUCCAAGCCGGCCGUAUACUCGCCGGCAUCGGCAUCGGCAUCCUCGUCACCGUUUGUCCGAUGUACAUGGGAGAACUCUCGCCGCCCGAGAAGCGAGGGUGGCUCGUCGGCCACCAUCCCAUCUUCCUUGUCUUUGGGUACAUGCUGUCGGGCUGGCUCGGAUAUGCAUGUUACUUUGCAACCGCCCGGAACCCCGAGUUUGCGUGGCGGUUUCCGCUGUGUAUGCAAUGCUUUGCCCCUCUCAUCUUGCUGACCGCGUCUUUCUGGAUUCCCGAGUCGCCGCGCUGGUUACUUCAGAAGGGCAAGAUCGAAGAGGCGUGGAAUGUGGUACAGAACCUCCGCAAGUCUGACGACGACCCCCACGACAUUGUCGCCCGGGAGGAGAUUUAUCAAGUACGCGAGCAGAUUGUGUUGGACGCGGCUAAGCUCAAGGCCAUCGGCUGCACGCCGUGGACAGCUGUGAUCAAGAAGAAGAGCUAUCGGAAGCGCAUGGCCAUUGGCUUUCUGACACAAUGGGGUGCAGAGUUUGCUGGACCGCUCAUCAUUACGGGAUCCAUGCCACUGCUUCUCUCGGCGCUAUGGCUCACCACUGCCGGUGUCAUCUACAACCCUCUCGGCGCAUGGCUCCAUGAUAAGGUCAAUUCGCGUCGCUGGAUGUUUAUCGUCGGCCUCUUUGGGUGCCUCAUUACGACCAGCGGUUUCGCCGCGUGCAUUGCAGAGUUCAGCGGCACGUCGAACCAAGCCGGCAACGCAGCCGGCGUCUUCUUUGUGUUCCUCUAUCUUGCGUUUCAAGGCACACUUUGUGACACCACCAUGUACCUCUACGUCGCCGAGAUCUUCCCCACGGAGAUCCGGCCCAUCGGCAUGGGUUUCUCGCUUUUCGGUCAAUUCACGAGCACCAUUAUCCUGCUCCAGACGGCACCAAUCGGUAUUGUCAAUGUCGGGUGGAAAUAUUACCUUGUCAUCAUUGUCUGGUGCAUCUUUUUCAUCCCCGUAGUGUACCUUUUCUUCCCAGAGACGGCUAAACUCUCGCUGGAGGAGAUCUCGGCCCGUUUCGGCGACGACGUGGCCGUUCGGAUCACCGAUGUUUCGGAUGACCAGCGGAAGGAGCUGGACGACUUCCUCAAGACGACCGAUGUCGUCCACAUGGAGACGCACGCGGAUGAGAAGAAGGCGAGAGUGGGCAAUGAGGACAUUACAACCGUGGCCUAG